AUGCCGUCCGAGCCGCGACCCACCCGCGCCUCCGCGCGAAAAUCACGCGACGCACGCGCGGAUUCCCUCGACGGACGACGUCGCGGCGACGCGUCCACGCGGUUCGCGAUCGGUGCGUGUUCUUUCCUCUUGGGACUGAUGAUUGGCAAGCGAACACAAAACGCGCGCGUCGACGACGAAGAGGACGAUCCGGUGCGCGAGAUCACGUCGGUGGAGGCGUUGCUGAAACACCCGGCGAUGCGAGAGGUCGGGACGCCGCCGUCGACGCGAAAGCUGAAGGAACGGCGCGGCGCGGCGCGCGCGAAGAACAAUCGAGGCGGUUCGGACGAGACGACGAGCGCGCGAGACGAUGACGCGCGCGUCGACGAGAGCGACGCGACGGACGAAUCGCAUACGUUGGAUGGGCAUCAUCGCAUCGAACAAGUCGCGUGGGACGCGGACGUUCGAUCGAUGAGCAUACAACACGGCUUGGAGCUCGAGACGAAACGAGUGGGAUCGAGCGUCGGCGCCUUCUUGGACCCGACGUUCGAUACCUCCUCCGCCGCCGCCGCCGUGGCGGCGUUCGACUCGUAUUUAGAGCUGAGCGAAUCCAAGGACGCCGCGAACGCGUCGGUGACGUUCGACGUGUCCGAAGACGACAACGCGACGUCUCUCCGCGCCGACGUUACGGGCGUCGCGUGA